AUGGUGUGUUUUUUCAAAUGUCUAUGUUUGUGUUUGAUUGUGUUUACACAUCACUGCUCAGCAGAUAAUAGAAGGCUAUUUAAAGAUACAACACCAAUUGACGUUACUUAUUCAGAUUUUAAAAUAAAACAGAAGGAAUACGCCAUUUUAAAUGUAAACAACCACGCUCAGGGGCAAGAUAACAAUAUAAUUUGCCAAACGGCCAAGUGUGAUUACAAGUCAAACACGAUAUACAAUGUGACGAGUCCGGAGUGCGGUAACCAUUAUACGUGUCAGGAGUGUCCAGCGUCGUUCGGAAAUGACAUUUGCUACCUUGGCAUAACAAGCGAUGGCUGGGUUCUCGUGACUGAAGGCAGUUUGCAGAUUGUAAACAACAACAGAGUGUACACCAAUAACAGUAAGCCUAAGGAGCAGAAACCUGAGAAGCAGGGCUACGGAGACGAAUACGACGAGGACGAGGAGGCCUUUCUGCAGUUAAACAAUGAAGGUGAUGAUCUGUUCGACUAUCCGGGCACCAGCUUCGUGCACAAGUUCGUCGCCACUCAGACCUUCGCGUACAACGACCACCACGGCGAGAAGUGGCUUGCAGAGAAUAAGAGGCAGUGCCAGGUGGACAAGGAGGGGAACCUUGAUUUGUCGGUCAGGCUCAUUUUCCAGUACUUCAGGAGCCCCUUGGACGUCAGCUCUGACACGGGCCAGAACGCCAACCAGGAGCACUACCCGGACGAGAACAUGUCAGCAUUGGAGCUGAGCGAGGCCUCUGGGGCCGCCUCAGCCUCUAAUUCCGCAGGUGGUACUGCCUGUGGUUGUUCUAAGAAGACUAGUGCCGCUGGUGCCACGGGCGGUAAUGGCGGCGUAUCGCUAUUGCAAACCGCCUACUUCGGCGGGGACGAGGACGACGACGGCGGCGACGACGAUUCCGAGGGCGGGAACCUGUUCUCGACUGCCGCCAAGCGCGGCCUCAAGUUUUCCCUCAGGAAGGGCUCCGAGCUCAAAAAGAAGCUCGGGAACACCAUCAAGUUCCUGUACGAGAAGGCCCAGGUCAUGAUCACCAAGCCCGAGGUCCACAUCCACUUCGUGGUCGACGACAUUAGGAUUCGCAACUGCCGGCAGCCGCUCUCCUGGGCCGGCGAGAUGAGCUCCGGCGCCAUGCUCUUCGUGGCAAACCAGAACUUCAAGGUCCGCCACGACGCGCUGACCGUCGACUUUCUGAGGAAGGCCGUGCGCGCCCACGCGAGCGUCCGCGGCAUCUACGACCUCGCCUUCAACUCCUGCGUUCAGCUCCACUGCACCAAGAGCGCUCCUGCCGCUCUUCAGUACUUGACCUUCCCAUCGCAGGGUAAGAACUUCAGCAUCAGCAGCAAGCUCAUGGGCUACUUUAACCGCCCGAUGCCUCAGCCGCACCCUAUGCAGCUUAUCGCCGGUGCUCCAGCUCCUACCCACCCUCUGAGCACUCCUGUGGGCCCAGCUCUAGGCGCUCCUGCCUUCGCUGGUCUCGGCCCUCCUGGAGCUCCUGUGGCUGCUCCUGGCGUGCCUGGCCCAGGCGGUCUUCCUUCUGCCGCUGCGCUCAACGGUGUUAGCAACGCUGCAACCAUACACCUGCACGGCGCCCCUCCCAAGCCUGAUUCUCAGGCCGCUCCGCCAGGCGGCCAGCCUGGUCCUCAGAGUCCUUCGGCCACUCCCCCCAAAGCUCAGCCUGACACCAACCUUCCUGGGUUCAACGGUCCAGCCGCUCAUAACCUUGGCCUUUUCGGCGGCAUCGUUCAGAGUGAGGGCAGCAGGACUAGGUUCUACAUCUUCGUGGGCGUGGGAAUCCUCAUCAUACUACUGAUGGGAUAUUUCUUCUUCAAAUGA